UCGUCAUGUUAUGGAUUUUUACAGCAAAGAGCCCAUCAGCCGAUUUACAGAGGAAAAAGAAGAGAGCGGAAAGCAGGUUCUUCUACGCAUCACCGUCCAAUCCAUCGAAGAUUUUCUCCGAUAUUUCUCAGCCUCAGAUCCUUCUUCUGCAAACUCAAUUUUCUUCUGUUAAUUCUCAGAAAUGGGGUUGUGGACACUGCUAGAGGGCUGCCUGCUUCUUGCAAAUGCACUGGCCAUACUGAACGAAGAACGAUUCCUCGCACCCAGAGGGUGGAGCUUCCAAGAGUUUUCUGGGGUUAAAAGAAACUCAUUCAAGGGACAGAUUCUUGGUCUUAUAUAUGCAACUCAGUACUUAAGAGUUCCUCUUAUACUUCUCAAUUUGCUCUGCAUUGUUGUGAAGUUGGUAUCUGGGUGAUGUUCCUUUGGUGACUCUUCAUUGGAGGGGUUUCCUUGGUAUGGUUGCAGCACUUGUCAAAUAAUUUUGGAUCAGUCGAUGAAUCUGAGUUUAGAUAUCUCUCGAGGUUGGGCUCUUCGUGAGGAGGUUCUGUGAAGAAAAUGCGCAGAAGAUAGCUUUAGAUUGUCCGGAAGUAAUCUCAAUUUGAGCAGGAGAAUCAUUCACUCACAGCACUGUUGUAGAUUUUUGUUCUCACUGAACAUUAUUGAGUUUUAAUUUGAAGUGUAUACAAUUUUAGAACAUUUCUGAAACAAAUUUCAUUACCAUGCUUCAGUUAAAAAUUGUAUGCAUUGUAAGUUGCUCUAUUCUGAUGGAAAAAUUUCUUAACUUAGGGUAA